AUGCGAAAAACUAGUUGGCUGCAAACAGGCGAGGUUAAUCCAGGUAGUAAUAUGCUUAUUGUUGCUAUUCUUCGCAGCUUUGGCAAGAUCUUUGAUAAACAAGCAAAAUAUGAUGAAGCACUUAUCUUUCAUCAACAAGCACUGACAAUGCUCGAAGAAUAUUAUCAAUCUCCUCAUAUUGAUAUCGCUGUUAGCCUUAAGUACAUUGGUAGCAUUCUUAUUCAUCAAAAAAAUUACGAUAAAGCUCUAGAUUUCUGUCAACGAGCGAUAUCAAUCUAUACAAGAUAUUAUCCAAAUGGUCAUGUAUACAUCGCUUCCACCCUCAACUACAUCGGUUAUAUUCUCUGUUUCAAAGGCAACUAUGAUGAAGCUCUGAAGAUGUAUGAACGAGCAUUAUCAAUGCAGCAAAAGUAUUAUCCAUCUGGUCAUGUUGAUAUUGCCUUUAGUCUCAAUGAAAUAGGACAUGUUCACUAUGCUCAAGGAAAAUAUAAUGAAGCUCUAUCAUAUUAUGAACAAGUUCUAGAAAUUCUUCAGAAAUAUUGUUUUUCAGGUCAUGACAAUAUUAUUUGUACUCUAAACAACAUUGGAUAUAUAAAAAAGAAAGAAGGAAAGUAUGAUGAAGCUCUUGAUUUUCAUCAACAAGCAUUGACAAUGCAAGAGAAAUUUUAUCCAUCUUAUUAUGCAAACAUUGCUAACACACUCAAUUACAUCUCUAAUGUACUACAUUGUCAAGCAAAAUAUGAUGAAGCUCUAUACUAUUGCCAACGAGCACUAACGAUGCAAGAGAGCUAUUAUUCUUCAGGUAAUGUCUCAACGGCUUCAAGCCUCAACAAUAUUGGCAACAUCCUAUGUGAUCAAGGAAAGUACAAUGAAGCUGUUGAUUUUCUUCGACAAGCACUAUCAACUGUAGAAAAACAUAGUUCACAUGAUCAUUUUUCCAUUACCUUUUAUAUGAACAACAUUGGGAUUAUAUUAUGCAAGCAAGAAAAAUAUCAUGAAGCUCUUGAUUAUCAUCGACGAACACUCGAUAUGCAAGAAAAAUAUUGUCCACCAUGUGAGCGUGAGAUUACCAACACUCUCAAUUACAUUGGUAAUGUUCUCAUUGGACAAGAAAAAUAUGAUGAAACCUUGAAGUUUUAUCAACAUGCACUCGAAAUGCAAGAAAAGUGUUAUCCAAAUGGUCAUGUGAAUAUUGCGAUAACCUUCAUUAAUAUUGGCACAACAUUUCGUAAACAACAAAAAUUUGAUCAAGCAAUUGAAUAUCAUCAAAAAGCAUUAAAAAUUCAGGAGAAAUAUUAUCCAUCAGAUAGUGUCAUCAUAGCUGAUACUAUCAAUUGUAUCGGUCAUGUUUUAUAUGAUGAAAGAAAGUAUGAUGAAGCAAUUGACUAUUAUCGACGAGCACUUUCAAUGCAAGAGAACUUCUAUCCUGAUAGUCACAUCAAAACUUCUCAUACUCUCAGCUUUAUUGGUAACACGCUAUAUAAACAAAGUAAGUAUGAUGAAGCUCUUCAGUUUUAUGAAAAAGCCUUGGCUAUUCAAGAAAAACAUCAUGCAUUUCGUCAUGUCGACAUUGCUAAUAACUUGAAUUGCAUUGGUAAUGUUCUAUAUAGCCAAGAGAAAUAUGAUGAAGCUAUUGAUUUCUAUCAAAGAUCAUUAGUUAUUCGAGAGAAAUUCCAUCUAUUUGGUUAUACUGGUAUUGCUACCGUUCUUAGUAAUAUUGGGAAAGCUCUGCAUUGGCAAAGAAAGUAUGAUGAAGCUCUUGACUUCAAUCAACGAGCACUAACAGUUCGAGAGAACUAUGAUGCAACUAAUCAUGUUGGUAUUGUUGAUAAUCUGAUAAAUAUUGCCAAUGUUCUAAGAGACCAGGGAAAGUACAAUGAAGCUAUCGAGUUUCAACAACGAGCAUUGAUGAUACGAGAACAAUAUUAUCCUUCUGAUCAUGUAAACAUUGCUAAUAGUUUGAAUAACAUCGCUACUAUUCUGAAAAAACAAAGAAAAUAUGAUGAAGCUGUUGAAUUCUAUCAAAGAGUGCUGAGAAUCUACGAAAAAUGCUGUCCAUCGAAUCCUGUUGACAUUACUAAUGGUCUUAUCAAUAUUGCUGAUGUUCUGAGCAAACAAGAAAAAUACAAAGAAGCCAUUGAAUUUCAACAGAGAGCAUUAACAAUUCGAGAAGAAAAGUAUUCCUUUGAUCAUGAAAAAAUUGCGGAUAGCUUGAAUCGCAUCGGUGACAUUCGAAUUAAUCAAAGAGAAUACAAUCUAGCACUCGACUGUUAUCAACGAGCCUUAAGAAUUCUCGAAAACUGUUAUCCAUCUGGUCAUGUUGAUAUUGCUGAGAAUCUGCAAUAUAUCGGUAUGACCCUAAUUAUGCAAGGAAAGUAUGAUGAAGCCUCCGAUUUCUGCCAACGAGCACUGACGAUUUAUAAACAAUAUUAUCCAUCCGGUCAUACAAAUCUUGCUACGUGUCUAAAUUCCAUUGGUAAUAUAUUUGGUAUCCAAGAAAAAUAUGAUGAAGCUCUCGAUUUUUAUUAUCAAGCACUGGCAUUUUACAAGAAGGAUUCAUCCAAUCAUUCGAAUACCACUACUUAUCUGAACAAUAUAGCUGAAGUUUUCAAAAGACAAAGAAAAUAUGAUAAGGUUCUCGACUUUCAACAACAAGCAUUGACUGUUCUCAAAAGUAACUUGCCUAAUGAUCAGUUCAAAAUUGCUAGCAAUCUCAAGAAUAUCGGUGGUACUCUUUUUAAGCAAACAAAAUAUCAUGAAUCUCUCGACUUUUAUCAACAAGCAUUAAUCAUAUUCAAAGAAUAUUAUUCCCAUGAUCAUGUUGAAAUUGCUGAUUGCCUAUAUUGGAUUGCUGCUAAUUUCAAUAGAAAUUCUCAAUUCGAUCUAGCUAUUGAAUAUUUGGAAAGAUGUUUAUUAAUUAAAGAGGCCAAUCUACCUUCAAGAAGUCUCUCCAUCGCUAACGUACUUAAUUGUUUGUCACAAGUACAAAGAACGAGAGGACAGCAUGAACUCUCUCUUAUAUAUGAACAAAAUUAUUUGUUAAUGCGUCUCGAAGCUCUAUCACCAGAUCAUGAAGACAUUGGUCAUAGUUUAUCAAACAUAGGUGAGAUUUACGAAAAACUUCAUAAAUCUAUGUUGGCACUUGAUUACUAUCAACAAGCAUUAGAUAUCUACAGGAAAUGUCUGUCUCCAUGGCAUGAUGAUCGAUGGAAGGUGGAAUUGAGCAUUGAACGACUUUCAGAAGAACUUGGAAUAGAACUCGAUUGGUCAGAUUGA